UUUUUUUAUUCAAAUCGAGAGGUGAAAAUAAGAAAUAAAACGGAAAAAGACAGGGGAGAAGAAGAAAGAUGGAGAUGGUGGUGGUUUUAUUAUGAUUUUACUAACAUAGUCUAAGCUUCGUCUUAUUUUUUCUUUCUAUUAUGUUGACCUUAAGAAGAAAGUGACAAGGAUUAGUUGACAAAAAAAAAAGUGACAAGGAUUAUACAAAAAAAAAUUACUGGAGGAAAAAAAGUUGAAUUGUUUUUCAAUAAAUUGGGUAGUUUAAAAGGAAGUGAAGAGCGGUUUUGGUAGUGGUGGUGGUCGAGAAAGUAGAGAGCUUCCUUUUUUUCUUCUAUGCGAUCAGAUUUUCUCAGAGUGAGAUCGAUCGAGCGGGAAAGAUUAUUAUUUAUAUUGCCAUGGGAGAUGAUGAGCAGUCUCACCUCAAAUUCACCCUUCUGCUCGAAUCAGCAGCCUCCAAUGAUCUCUCCGGCUUCAAGUCUCUAAUCGAAGAAGAGGGUCUCGAUACGGUUGAUCGGUCUGGUUUGUGGUACGGGAGGAGGUUAGGAACAACGAAGAUGGGUUUUGAAGAGAGAACUCCUCUUAUGAUCGCUGCCCUUUUCGGAAGCAAAGAGAUCGUUGAUUACAUAAUCAGUACCGGUCUUGCGGAUGUGAACCGCUCUUGCGGCUCUGAUGGUGCCACAGCUCUUCACUGCGCUGUCUCCGGCUUGUCUGCGAAUAGCCUCGAGGUGGUUACCCUUCUCCUUAACGGUUCCGCGGAUCCGGAGUCUCGUGACGCGUUUGGUAACAAGCCUGUGGAUUUGAUGUUCCCGUGUUUGAGUCCGGUUUUUAACGGAAGGAAGAAGGUCUUGGAGAGAUUGUUGAAUGGAAGUAAUGAAGCUGAUGUUCAAGAACAAGAAGAAGAGGUUGAGGUUGAGGUUGGGGUUGAAGUCUUGCUUUCGCCUCUGAGGAAGGAGUAUCCAGUUGAUCCAACCCUUCCAGAUAUCAAGAACGGUAUAUACGGAACUGAUGAGUUCCGUAUGUACGCGUUCAAGAUCAAACCGUGCUCCAGAGCGUACUCGCACGAUUGGACCGAGUGUCCUUUCGUCCAUCCAGGCGAGAACGCGAGGCGGCGCGAUCCGAGGAAGUAUCACUACAGCUGCGUCCCAUGCCCCGAGUUUCGUAAAGGCUCUUGCUCCAGAGGCGAUUCUUGCGAGUACGCUCACGGUAUCUUCGAGUGCUGGCUUCACCCCGCUCAGUACAGGACGCGUCUCUGCAAGGACGAGACGAACUGCUCGAGGAGAGUUUGUUUCUUCGCGCACAGACCCGACGAGCUCCGUCCCUUGUACACUUCGACGGGGUCUGGUGUUCCUUCCCCGCGCUCUUCCUUCUCGUCUUGCAACGACAUGGGAGGACCGAUAAGUCCGCUUCCUCCGUUGAGUCCUAACGGUGGAGUGCUGACCACGCCUCCUUUGAGUCCUAACGGUGUUCCGUCUCCUAUAGGUAGUGGUAAGCCGUGGAUGAACUGGCCUAGCGUUACUCCUCCUACGCUGCAGCUUCCGAGGAGCAGGUUGAAGUCGGCGUUGAACGCGAGAGAGAUCAACUUCUCCGAGGAGAUUCAUCAGAGGCUUUCUUCUCCAGGUGGUAGAUGGAACAACAACAACACAGCUGCUUCACCUCCCUUCUCUGGAAACGGCAUGAACAGGCUUGGGAGUGGAGGAAUCAGCCCGGUUCAUAGCCUAAGCGAUAUAUUCGGGGCUAGCAGUCUCUCCUCGUCCCCAGUAGGAGCUAAUUAUCAGUUCUCAAUUGCUAACCAAAGAAGCCAGAGCUUCAUUGAACAACGCAGCAACGCACUGAAUCAGCACUAUCCCUCCAUGAACACUACUACUUGUUUAGAUGAUUGGGGAUCACUGGAUGGAAAGCUUGACUGGAGCGUCAACGGAGACGAGCUGCAAGAGCUCAGGAACUCCACUUCUUUCCGUCUCAGAGCCGGUGCCAUGGAGUCAAGAGAGACCAUGGAAGGAGGCGAGCUAGAGGAACCAGAUGUCUCUUGGGUGGAGCCGCUGGUGAAAGAGCCGCAGGAGACCAGGGUGUCUCCGGUUUGGAUGGAGCAAUCAUACAUGGAGACAGAACAGACCGUGGCUUGAAUCAAAAGUUUUGAAACAUCAUUUAACAAAUAAGCAGAAGAAAACAAAAGAGAGUCUUGAAAAUUUCUGAGGUCGUUGCUAAUCUUAAUUACAUUUGUUGUUUAAAUGUUUCUUUCUUUCUUUCUUUUAGAAUAAGAAUAAAAAAAAUUUCUUGGGGACAAAAGAGAGUUUGUUUGUCUCUCUCUUUGUCUCCAUAGAAAAAAACAGAGGUUGAUUAAGGUUUCUAAAACCAAAAGAAACCUUAACUCACCUCACUUCCUUGAUUCUUUUCAUAUUUAAUCAAAUUUCCUUUAUAAUUA